UUCGUUUAUUUCAACAAAAAAUUUAACUCAACAGGAAAGUCUUCCAAAAUUAGUACGAGGAAAGUACUCGCCGUGAAAAAAGCAAGUUGAAAAAUCGGCGACAAGUGAAAUCGGCACCAUGAAAACCCCGGCCAGAAAGAAGAUCUUAAUAAUCCUCCUAUCUUGCGCAGGAGUGAUGAUUUUAGUAGCGAUUGUUCUCACGCUGUACUUUUUAUUGAGAAGCGAUUCCAAAGAAUUACGUGGUGCGGUGGUGUCAAAUGGUUUAGGAUGUGCCAAAAUAGGACAGUCAAUUUUCAAGAAAGGGGGUUCAGUGGUUGACGUCGCUAUAGCUACUUUAUUUUGUGAAGGCAUUGCGGAUCCGCAGAGCUUAGGAAUCGGAGGCGGAUUUGUAAGUACAAUUUACAUCAGAUCUACGGGGGAAGUGAUAUCGUUAAUUGCGCGAGAGGCAGCUCCGCUAGCAGCGCAUGAAAGUAUGUUUGUUAAUCAAUCUGUAACAGGUGGUCUUGCAGUCGCAGUUCCAGGUGAAAUAAAAGGAUAUUCAGCGCUUCAUAAAAAAUAUGGUCGUUUAAACUGGGCCGAGCUUGUCGAACCCACAAUCAAAUUAUGUGAAGAAGGACAAAUAGUUAGCCCCUAUUUGGCCAGGAUUCUAGAAAUAUAUGAACAGACGGUCCUAAAUAGUCCAUCACUGAAGGAGUUAUUUGUGAAUCCCAGCACGGGGAAAAUCUAUAAAGAAGGCGAUAAAGUUAAAAGAACGAAAUUAGCUGAAACCUUGAGGGUCAUUGCCAAGGAAGGCGAGGAUGCAAUUUAUAACGGCGGGAGUAUUGGUAAAAUGUUGGUGGACGAUAUAAAGGCUUACGGUGGAAUUAUAACCGAACAAGAUUUAAAGGAAUACCAGGUGAGAUGGGUACCUCCGCCUAGGACACAAAUAAAUAAAUUUACUGUGUACUCUGCUCCUCUGCCGGUGAGCGGUUCGGUUUUACAUCUAAUCUUAAAUCUUAUACAAAAUCAUAUGUCCAGUAACUCUACAAUAUUGUGGCACAGGACUGUGGAAGCCUUCAAACAUGGUUACGGGCUGCGGACGCAAUUAGGCGAUAUCAACUUUCUUCCGGAAAUUACGGAACUCGUUUCCCAGAUGUCCUCCCAGAAGUUCGCAGAUGAACUUUUCUCCAAAAUCAAGGAUGACAGGACCUUUGCCGAUUAUGGCUACUAUGGGGCCAACUUUUCAGGCGUUAAUGAUGAAGGAACCGCAAAUGUUGCCGUUUUGGGACCCAAUGGGGAUGCUAUUUCUGUGACUAGUACAAUAAAUAGCGUAUUUGGAGCAAAAAUUGUGUCACAAAAGACGGGAAUAAUCCUGAAUGAUGAAAUGGAUGAUUUUUCAACACCAGGAAUAACAAAUGAGUAUGGCUUCGCACCAUCACCGGCUAAUUUUAUUAAACCGAAAAAAAUGCCACUUUCAUCUAUGUGCCCAACAAUAAUUGUCGAUGACGUCAAAAAUCCUCGACUUUUACUGGGUGCCGCUGGCGGAUCAAGGAUCACAACAUCUGUUGCACAGGUAAUUAUCCGCAACAUUAUUCUAGGCGAACCAAUCGAACAAGCUGUUAAAGCUCCGCGACUUCAUCAUCAGCUAAGUCCGAUGCAAUUGCAGCCUGAAGCAGAUUAUAACAAGGAUAUAGUCGAAGCUCUUGAGAGAAUUGGGCACAAUAUUAGUUACUAUCCAGGGGAAUUUGGCUUUUCAGCCCUAACUGCUAUUGGCGUCGAUAGUGAAAAUAAUGUUAAGGCUGUAUACGAUCCUCGAAGACCUGGGAGUGCAGCGUACCAUUAAUGACUGGGAAGCAUGAUUUUUGCCCACACAAAGUAGUAGCAAGGCUUUAGCCGAUUGCUGGAGUAUUCAAAUUUUAACUUGACGGCGAUAUGACCAAUUAUGCUGCAUAUAGUUGUAAAUUAAUUCACUGCCUUCGCUAGUCCAUAUUACUUUCUUGUGCGCUUGUCAGAACUCAGUUCCCUUCUUGCAAUAGGUACAUGCAGGCGGAACUAUUUCAUUUUUUAAAUUCUUGGAUUAUGUAGAAAUUUUCCACAAAAUUGUCAAAAAUUC